CAUAUGCAGGGAUAGGUGAUGGUUAGAAGACAUGUAAGUGGCGUCGCCCCCAGCGCUCCAAAGCUGUAGGCUUUGGCUGGGAGAGGCGUGGCGCACUCUGCCCUCCCAACAGACAACCACCUGUAUGGAUGACCAGACCUCCAGUGUGAUCCAGUCCCCCUCAUCCACCAGGCACCAGGGCAGCGACGCGACCGACAGCCGGGGUUAUGCCGAGGUGCAGAAGGGCGUCAUGACGGCAGAGAACAUGCUGGAGGAGUCCGCGGUGCUGUCGGCGCCUCACCUGUCGGUGGAUCGAUAUGAGCGCGGGCGCCAGGGAUGUUGUGAGAGGGUUGUGAUUAACAUUUCGGGGUUACGAUUCGAGACCCAACUGAAAACUUUCAACCAGUUCCCAGACACGCUGCUGGGGGACCCUAGGAAAAGGAUGCGCUACUUUGACCCACUGAGAAACGAGUACUUCUUCGACAGGAACAGACCCAGCUUUGAUGCCAUUCUGUACUAUUACCAGUCAGGGGGACGCAUACGGAGACCCGUCAAUGUCCCCAUUGAUAUUUUCUCAGAGGAGAUUAGAUUUUAUCAACUUGGAGAGGAGGCGAUGGAGAAAUUCCGCGAGGAUGAGGGCUUCAUAAAGGAAGAGGAGCGCGUCCUGCCCAAAAAUGAUUUCCAAAAGCAGGUUUGGCUUUUGUUCGAGUACCCUGAGAGCUCUGGGCCAGCCAGGGGCAUAGCCAUAGUAUCAGUGCUUGUUAUUCUGAUUUCGAUAGUCAUAUUCUGCAUGGAAACUCUACCGGAGUUUCGGGAUGAGAGAGACCAAGCCACAGUGGCGCCCACCGUCAAUGGCACAGCUCCAUAUGUGCCCAGCCCGUUCACAGACCCCUUCUUUGUGAUAGAGACGCUCUGCAUCAUAUGGUUCUCUUUUGAGUUGCUCGUCAGGUUUUUCGCCUGCCCCAGUAAAACUACUUUCUCUAAAAACAUCAUGAAUAUCAUUGACAUCGUGGCCAUUAUUCCCUACUUUAUCACUCUGGGGACCGAGCUGGCCGAGAGGGAAACCAACGGCGGGCAACAGGCGAUGUCUCUCGCCAUCCUGAGGGUGAUCAGACUGGUGAGGGUCUUCCGCAUUUUUAAGCUCUCACGACACUCAAAAGGACUUCAGAUCUUGGGACAGACUCUCAAAGCCAGCAUGAGGGAACUCGGGUUGCUGAUUUUUUUCCUGUUCAUCGGAGUUAUUCUGUUCUCUAGCGCGGUUUACUUUGCAGAAGCAGACGACCCCACGUCCAGUUUCACCAGCAUCCCGGACGCGUUUUGGUGGGCAGUGGUCACCAUGACCACAGUUGGAUAUGGAGACAUGCAUCCGGUGACUAUUGGUGGGAAAAUAGUAGGGUCUCUGUGCGCAAUCGCGGGCGUGCUCACCAUUGCCUUACCUGUGCCAGUGAUUGUGUCCAAUUUCAAUUACUUCUACCACAGAGAGACUGACGGAGAGGAGCACCCCCAGUACCUGCACACCAGCAGCUGUGAACACCUCCCCUCAGAGGAGCUGAGGAGGUCGUGCAGCUCCUCAUCCCUAAGCAAGUCUGAGUACAUGGUGAUAGAGGAGGGCAUCAACAGUGCGUUCAAACAGCCCAACUUCACCACCGAGAACAACCAGAACUGCGUCAACAUCAAAAAGAUUUUCACAGACGUGUAAAUGAGCCCCAGAUAGAUCAUCGUUUAUGGAGCAUGAACAAAACAGUAGCUAUAAUAUUAUUUUUUAUAUAACCAAAUGUGAUGUGUAAGUCCAUAUCUGUGGAUGACUGCUGCGUAAAUGUCCGCUUUAACAAGUCAUUUAUCUUUGACAAACGAAUCAAGUGAGGAGUUAUGAUUCCACGCGUUCACCUGUUUAAAGGGGUUUUCAUCCAAACAUCAGAGUAUUAAUAUGACUAAAACAUGCGCAGUGGAAAAGUAUUUUGUUUUUGUUUUUGUCUGGUUGUUCCAAGAAAGAAAGCAUAUUUUUCAUGUACCUAGUGGCCUGUUAAACAGAUAUUUUUGCAGUGUAUAUAUUGUCACACGAUGCCUAUACAUAUCUUGAUGUUACUGCGAAAGUCGUUGGUGUACAUGACUGGGAUACACGUGUAGCAUAGUCUACUAUAUUGCAUCUAACUGCCAAUCAAAAACGACGUCUUGUGCUUCGUGGAAAGAAAAGUUUAAUUGUCCAGUAAUGUCAUGAAUACACUGGUAAUUUAUAUAGCCGAAUACCUGUUUAGGUUAUAUUUAAUAUCAUAACCUGUCGUUGUUGGACUCUGAGUCUUGUUCAGAUUAUUAUUCAGGUAAUAAAACGCAGAGUGCUGUAGAUGGAAACGCUUAUCAUAAAGUAUAAGUCAAGCUUUUCGUAAAAUUGUAUUUUUAUUCAGAACUGCCAUAUAGCCUAUAUGAAAUAAAAAAAGAACAUCAAGUGA